GCAUAAAACCUGCGGAAUUCGUCAGUACGACAAAUAAUGGAAUCUUUAAGAAAGGCUAAGAAGAGACUGAGGCGGUAUCCUAAUCUAAUGGCGCAGUGUUACGAAUUUGCAUCGAAGUAUGCAGCAUGUGUAUUGGCAAAAUCCAAUUUAGAGAAGAACGCCUGCGCGGCAGAGUUCAACGAGCUCAAGAGAUGUCUUGUGAAAGUUGCUGCGAGCGGCAAUACGAGGUUAUAAACGAUCGAACGUAGAAGACGUUAGAUCCAUAGCAAG